GUUAGGGUAGACGCAAUGAGGGGUUACGUACUUGCCCUAUUUUUGGUCGCGACGGCGCGGGCCAUGCCUGCCCUCGACAAGGAGGCGAAUGAUCCUGGGCUGAUGGGCAGUGUCCUCGGCGUGGUCAAGGAGUGCUCUGAAGGAGACGUGUCUUUGUGCUUGAAGGAGAAGGCAUUGAAGUAUGUGGAGAGUUUGUCUUCUGCGCGGGAGAUGACUUUGACUGACGGAGUCACUCUUUUGGGUAACGGGUCUCCUAGGUCCGCUAGGGCACUGGAGCCUUUGCCUGAAGAGCCCAAGGCUAGGGAAGCGUCUGUGGAGGCCAGACUGGUGGACUCUGCUGCUGACUUCCUGGAGAACCAUGUAAUCCAGUUCAGACUGCCAUCUUCGGCUGUCGAAGGCAUGAAGCGGUCCCUUGAAGAAGCCCGUGGCAAGAAAAAGAAGCUUAAGCAGCUGAUCCCUCUUCUUGCCAUCGCCAAGCUGAAGAUUAUGGCUCUCAUUCCUCUGUUCCUCGGCAUCAUUGCUUUCGCUGCCGCCAAGGCCGUCCUUCUUGCCAAGGUUUCCCUUCUGGUCGCCGGUAUCAUAGCUCUGAAAAAGCUUCUGGCUCACAAGCAUCACGAAACCAGCUACGAGGUUGUUGCCCAUCCUCAUCAUGACGAACACUAUCAAAGCAGCGGUCACGGCUGGGGAAGGGCAAUUGAAGACGCUCAAAAUCUGGCCUACGCUGCCCAUGCGAAGUCUGAUUAAACUAUAAAUCUCGAAGGGUGUACCACAGGGAUCGCAUUUGACUCCAUGUCCGUUUACACUCAACAAAAUAGUCAAUAUCGAGAUUUUAAAUGUGUACAAUUAUUUAUUGUUAGCCAUAACAAAUAUUAAUUAACUAUUUAUUGAAUGAAAUCCCUUCGUAAGGGAUUGGAAAUACCGAGCGAGAUUGUUUUUACGUUUUUUGUUUUCCAUAAAUCUGUUCUGAAUUUGUAUGAUCUUCUAGUUGUACUAUAUUAGUAUAUAUUUCACACCAUACGGAAUCCGUAUUUGUGUAUUGUUUUAUACAAUAUCCUCUAUUAGUCGUUGCUAUAGUAUGUGUAUAUAUGUAUAUGUUAUUAUGAUUCUAGUCCCUUUGAUAAGUC